UUUUUCCGCAGUAAUUGGUUGCUAGGAUACGUACCCACCUUAUAUGACAACAAACAAACACACACAGUGCAUAUUUUUUAUUGUUUUCUCAAACACUCACUUUCAUACUGCCAAACAAUGGACGAGUACUUGACAUGUUUUUUUAUACUUUUACACUCAAUUAAUUAUGUUAUGAGUGACUCUGAUGAUUUUAUAUUUGAAUAUUCGAAUCCCCAAGAGUGUAGCCGCAAUGAACUGUUUAUCCCUCACAAUUUUACGUGUCAAAAAUGUCCCAGUAAUUUAAUAUCGUCUGAAAACCGUUUAGAGUGUAUUUGUGAAAAAAAUGGUAGGCAAAUUACUUCAGAAGAUGAUACUGUGUCCUGUGAAAGGUGCCAAUAUUCGACAAUUCUUACUUCUGAUAAAACCGACUGUAUCUAUUGUCAAAAUAACACUUGUCACUGUUCUAGCAAUCAAAUUAAAAUUGAACGGCAUCACAAUGGAACAUUACUCGACACUUUAAUGUGUCUUCCAUGCCCGGAAAAUUCGUUUCUUUCAAGCGAUAACAGUAAGUGUCUUCCUUGCUCGAUAAUAUUUACAAAAAAUUAUGAAAAAAUUUUUUCUUCAACAAUUUUGGACGAGAGAAUUUUAAAAUACUGCCUACAAAAUAAUUUAACGGAGUGGGUUAAUAUUAAAGAAAGUUAUUUGAUUAAAUACCAAAGACAAGUGAUUGACAGUUAUUACUUGAGAACUCAGUUACCUGUAGCUCAUCAAUCAUGUCGAAAAAAAAAUAAUGAUGCUUGCGAACAUCUUUCUAAUAUUUGUCUUCUUACUCUUCAAUUUGACAGUUUUCCCUGUAAAUUGAUUUUCGACAAAAAUUUAACUAAUUCUACAAGACUUUUUCAUCCUAAAAAAGAAAAUAACAAAAUUUUAAAUCGUAAA